AAUUUCCAGGAUAUCAAAAAUAAACCCCCUCAUGUCCAAGGAAGAGCAGAAAGUAUAAAUACCACCGAUAUGUCCAGACUGCAGCGGUGCUGGUGAGUGGUACAACAAGACUUGAGCUUGGCUCUGGGAAUUAGAAACGACUCAGACAGACUGAAAUUAAAUACCAGACACAUUUGACUGAGACUGGUUUUAUGUUUUUACAGCACCGGAAAAUCUCUUUUAAUUUGAAGAGAUCUCUGAUUUUGAGAAGUUUCUCUUUCGCCCGGGGAAGACGCGCCACUUUCCAGAGAUAAAGGACUUAAUAACAUUGUGAUCAACUCCCUCUGCAGAAGAUGUGUCCCACUGUGCGUUUGAUCGUUUUAUCCAUGUGCGUAAUGAACGCGGCGCUUUCCGCUCCGUUUGAAUCAGAGGAUGUUGUACCUGUGCGGAUUAGAGUCAGUGGCCGCUUUUGGAAAAGAAGCGAGGAGCUGCCGAGGUUUGUCCUCAGCGCGUUUGGCAAGGACUUGACUCUAAAUCUUAUACCGGACACCAGCUUCAUCGCUCCUUCCUUCACCAUACAGCGUAUCAGAGCCAGAGAUGUUGGCGCUUUACGCAGCGCCUCAGGUGCCAAACCUGUCCCGGACACAGAUCUCCAGAAACUCAUGAGCCAGACAGAGGACAGUGAAGGCCAGCUGAGGGGCUGCUUUUACUCUGGGAACGUAGAUAACGAUCAGAACUCGGUUGUGGCAGUCAGUUUGUGCUCCGGCAUCUUUGGCUCCUUCAUCACGGAGGGCAAAGAGUAUUUGAUUGAGCCCAAACUCAGCGGCAGCCUGGGGCCAGACUCCGCCGAGCAGCUGCAUGUCAUCAGGAGGAGGACAUUCACCAGAAGCCCCAGUGUUUCCCUCCUGUUUGAUCAUGCGGCGGAGAAGCACAAUGGGGAAAGUUUUACGCACGGGGACGGUGACGCACAGAGGGAACCUCGCCGGAGACGCUUUGUUUCCGCGCCACGGUUCAUAGAGACCCUGGUGGUAGCUGACUCAACCAUGACCCACUUCUAUGGAGAUGAAAUAAAGCACUACAUUCUGACCCUGAUGUCCAUGGCAGCCCAGCUGUACAAGCACCCCAGCAUAAAGAACUCAGUGAACAUAGUGGUGGUGAAGAUGUUGGUGGUGGAGGACGAGGAUGUUGGCCCGGAGGUCUCCAGUAACGGAGGCGUGGCUCUGAGGAAUUUUUGCUCCUGGCAGCAGCUCUUCAAUCCACCGAGCCAGAGACACCCAGAGCACUACGACACGGCCAUGCUGUUCACUAGAGAGGACAUCUGCGGACAGAAGAGCUGCGACACGCUGGGCGUGGCCGACGUCGGGACGAUGUGCGACCCCAAGAGAAGCUGCUCAGUCAUCGAAGACAACGGCCUCCAAGCCGCCUUCACAGCUGCACAUGAGCUCGGUCACGUGUUGAGCAUGCCUCACGACGACUCCAAGACCUGCGAGAGGCUGUUCGGGGACCUGGGAGGACAUCACCUGAUGGCCCCUCUGUUUGUCAGCCUCAACAAGACGGCGCCGUGGUCGCCCUGCAGCGCUCUCUACAUCACAGAGUUCUUCGACAAUGGACACGGGGACUGUCUGCUGGACGUCCCAGAGAGCACCAUGCCUUUACCAAGAGAGCUUCCGGGCACCAAGUACAGCCUGGACCAGCAGUGCCAGCAGACCUUCGGAGAGGAGUUCAUCCACUGCCCCAACACGUCAGACAGUGAAGUCUGCAGCCAGCUGUGGUGUCAGGAGGACGGGACGCCGCAGUGCACCACCAAGAACGGCAGCCUGCCCUGGGCUGACGGCACUUCCUGUGGCCUCAACGGGACCUGUCUCCAUGGAGCCUGCAUGGCAACCCAAGAGGUGAUGAAGCCACUGGUGGUUGUGGACGGCGGCUGGAGCUCGUGGGGACCGUGGCAGCAGUGCUCCAGAACAUGUGGAGGCGGGGUGGAGUUCUCCUACAGGGAGUGCACCGACCCCGUGCCUCAGAACGGAGGGAAGUACUGUGAGGGCCAGAGGGUCCAGUACCAGUCCUGCAACACGCUGCCCUGCCACAACAGUGAAGGGAAGAGUUUCAGAGAGGAGCAGUGUGAGAAGUACAACAGCCUCCACUACCUGGACUUCAACGGCAACAUGAAACAGUGGAUACCCAAGUACGCCGGCGUUUCCCCCAGAGACAGGUGUAAGCUGUUCUGCAGGGCCAGAGGCAGCAGCGAAUUUAAGGUGUUCGAAUCCAAGGUGAUCGAUGGGACGACCUGCGGCCCCGACACCACAUCGGUGUGUGUGCAAGGCCAGUGUGUGAAGGCGGGCUGCGACCAGGUGAUCGGAUCCAACAGGAGAGUGGAUAAGUGUGGAGUGUGUGGAGGAAGCGGGCUCACCUGCAGAAAGAUCACAGGCUCCUACAACAAAGCAACAUACGGAUACAGUGACAUUGUGACAAUUCCCAUUGGCGCCACAAACAUCGACAUCAAGCAGCGGAGCCACAGAGGGAUCAAACAUGACGGGAACUACCUGGCGAUAAAGAGAGAGAGCGGUGGUUACAUCCUCAACGGUAACUUCUCUGUGUCCACGGUGGAGCAGGACAUCCCUGUGCUCGGUGCCGUGCUGAAGUACAGCGGCUCCUCCACCACGCUGGAGAGGAUCCAGAGCUUCAGGCAGCUGAAGGAAACCAUCACCGUCCAACUCCUGGCCACCGCCGGCGACGCCAACCUGCCUAAGGUCAAAUACACCUUUUUCAUCCCGAGAGAUGUGACCUUCAAUAAAUCCAAGGAGAGGAAGGGCUCGUCGCUGUCGUUGCAUAUGAUUCAGCCCUUCGGCGUGCCUGACUGGGUGCUGGGGGAGUGGUCUGAGUGCUCCAAGAGCUGCGGCUCCGGGUGGUCCAGGAGGAACGUUGAAUGCCGAGACAGUGCAGGCAUCCUCUCCAGCCAGUGCGACAAAGACCUGAAACCUGUGGACAUCAGGGCUUGUGGGGACGCGCCGUGUCCCAUGUGGCAGUUGGGACCUUGGUCCGCCUGCUCACGAACUUGUGGCCAGGGCGAGCGCCGCCGCAGCGUCCUCUGCAUAGACUACACUGGGAAGACUGCUGAGCCAGAGAAGUGCGACCCGAACAAAAUCCCAGAGCCGGUCUACGGAGAAUGUCUCAACCAGGAGUGCUUAUGAAGAACAUGAGUACAGUGAACUCUCCCGCUUUGGUCUGACUGCACUUACCAACCAUGGAUGGAUUACUGAGCAGUCAUGCUGGGCUCAGGCACCGGGGCCCCCGGGGGUCAGGGGACAUAAUGACUACAGAGAGACACGAAAUGACCACAAACAAAUAUAAAACAAACUAUCUGCAGAGUUGCAAAACAACCACAAAGAGACACAGGAUGAGUACGAACAGAUAUUAAAUGACAACAAAGAGAUGCAAAACAACCACAAAGAAGCAAAAUGACAAACAACAUCUCUGAGUCGUUCUUUUGUGUCAGUGGCCCACUGUCUCAUAAUCCGUCCAUGUUACCAACUGGUCACAUCGAGUCACAUCAAGGGCAUUUGCCUGAAUUUUUUGCUUUGUCAUCUUUUGUUGACAUUUGACAACCACUAUAAACAAUGGAAAUCUACCUCAUGUGAUGUUUGUAUAGAUGCUAGAUGAAGGUGCUGUGUGUGUGUUUUCUCCAGAAUGAGAAGUUUUUCUAGUUCCGCUUUCAACACAAACACCCUGUUGGGAUAACGUUUGGUAACACCUGCAGUUUGUCUUGGUGAGUUAGCUGUCUGUUUAAAGUGGGGCUAGAACAACGGCACGAAACCUGCUGUCAAACACCAGCACAGUGUAAAUAUACCUCCAUUCAAUCCCCUAUAAAGCUUUGAUCAAGCCAUUUACCUGUUAUUGAGGUAGGUCCAUAUGAUUGAGGCGCUGGGAUUCAAGCCUUGUGGAAAUGUGCUUCUGUUUUGAUUCCUUAUCUUUUAUGCACACAUACCAAGAUGUGACUGUGAUGAAGAUGUCAUGUUUUUAUCCUGAAACUUAGCAUUGUUGAAAUAUGCAAAAAAAACAAACAUCCACUGACGCUAAAACCUGACAAUAUUUUGGACUUUAAAAUGAGGCCUAAAUCACAAUAAACAGUUUGAAUUGGUGAACUGCACGUGUAGAAUUUAUAGAAAUGAACAGAAUUUGAGUUUUACAUGAUGUGUAAAGAUUUUAGUUUAGAUACCGACUGGUCGUUCCCGACCAGAACAACCCACGACAGAGACUUUCCCUCUGCCCUGUAGUUGAACUUUAGCCUUUUCCCAGGUGCAUUAUGAUGCAGUGGAGACGAAUAGCGGUACAAACAAUUUGCAAUGCAACAAAUGUUCCUUUGGAGGUGUUAUUACUAAGUUAAAUUAUUAGCUUACUAUCUAUCGUGUAUAUGAAAAAAUAACAUUGAUUUUAUUCAUUUUCAGACUUUUAUUUGUUAAACCCUCACAGUUGUUUUCAGACUCUGGUAUGUAUAUUUGAUUUCUUCAUUCCUGUUGUUAAUUUACAGUAUGUUAUAAAACAAAAGAGAUGAAGUAUUAGGCCUAUAUCCCUUCAGUGAAGGACCAUACUAUUUUAUUAUUACAGCUUCCUUUUUAAGCUAUUUAUUUUUGUAAAGUUUUUACCUUGGACAUGUAAUUAAAAUGGCAAAUGCUGCUGUCUUUGAGAUUUUUGUCAUAAAAAUGGUCAAAUAAACACAUUUAUGUCAGUA